UAAAACUUUGAAAUGAAUUAAUUAAUUUCAAUAGUUGUAAAUUGUGCUUAGAAUUCUUAUUUAUUAUUAACUAAUGGUUUGUUAAGAUGUGCGAGGAAACUAAUCAAGAAAGGCAAAACAACGAAUUGGUUGCCUUAGAGGCUAUUUUUGGUGAUGCUGUUGUGGAUGACAGAAAAAAGGUAGCUUGGAAUGGAUGGAGUCCGAACAAUAUUGUAUUAUCCCUGCAACCGCUACACAAUUCUGACGGAAUUCAUUCCACGGCAGUCUUACAGUUCAAAUGCUGCAAAAGUUAUCCUGAAAAGCCUCCUCAAAUAUCUAUUGUCAAAGCAGUUGGGCUGUCAGAUGAAAAUGUAAAGAAGUUGCUGAAUGAGUUAGAUGUGUUAGCCGAGCAGUUGUGCGGUGAGGUGAUGAUAUUCCAACUGGCUCAGUAUACACAGCAAUUUCUUCAUGAACACAACAAGCCAAUAUUAUCCUUUUAUGAAGAAAUGAUAAGGCAGAAAAAUGAAAAGGAAAAAUUAAAACAACAGAAUGAACUAGUCAGAGAAAAUGAAGAGCUGAAAAAAGUGAAAGAUGAGAUUCAAAAGAGACAAGAGGAGCUGCGUGAUGGCAAGAGAGUUCGUCUCUCUAGCUUGCACCAAGAGGAGGAUGUAAACGGACAUGGAGAUGAUCCGAAACUAGUGUACUAUGCGGACAACAAGGCGUCGCCGGCUAAGAGCGUCCCGCGCGCACGCACGUCCGUGCCGUGUACGUGCAACGCUAAAGGCGCGCAGGUGCUGCGACACUCACAGAGGAACAACAAGAAGCUGUAUAUGGGCAAUUGCAUUGGUCACUCGUCAAACGGCUCUACAACUUACCUCGCAAUCGAUGACGACGGAGAACGGAUAAUCGCGAAAAAAUGGAUUCUACAACCCGCCACAGACUUUCAGACCAGAAAUAGACAAAUAACAACACUACAGAACGAACUGAAAGCUAUGUGUAGAGUGCGACAUCACUCACUAGUACCCUACAUAGCGAUGGAAAUGUCCAUGGAGACGAAACGGACAGCCAGACAGUUUAUAUACAUAUUCCGGAAUUUCGUCCUCGGCACAUCUCUGAAGUUCCUACAGAAUAAGUCCAGUUGUGGUGAUAAGUUUGAAGCGUUAAGACUUUUGAGGCAUGUUGGUCUAGGUGUCAUGAGUGCUUUGAAGGAGUUGCACAAUUUGAAUCUACUGCAUCGUGACGUGCGGUAUGAAAACGUGUUUUUGGAGGAUGGUGGUGCCGUGAAGUUGGUGGGUGCGAGCCUAGAUGCCAGAUUAGUGGAGAUGAUAGACGGGGAAAAUGUCUGUGAUAAACAGACCAAAGCUCAAGACAUUUUUGCGGCAGCUCAGAUGCUGCUAUCCAUAAUAAGCAAAGACUCCGUACAUGAAAUACCCUCAGAUUUACCUGUUCCGGCCAAGGAUUUCUUCUCGAGGUGUCUCACGGAGGACGAGCAUGCGCAGUGGUCGGCGGAGCAGCUCGCCAAACACGCGUUCCUCAUAGACGCGCCGCAGAACGCGCCCAGCACUAAGGAGAAUAACGUCGCUGAUGGGGAAUCUGAGGACGAGAGCGCACCGCAUAAUAUUCAGGGUAUCAACUCUCUUCUCAACGGUCACUCGCGACUCAACGCGGAGUUCGAGGUGCUCAUGUGGCUGGGGAAAGGCGCUUUUGGUGAUGUGUUAAAGGUAAAGAACAAACUAGACGGCGGUUUCUACGCGAUAAAGCACGUCAAACUGAACCCGAAAAGCGUGGAGCUGAACAAAAAAAUCACGCGCGAAGUGAAGCUGCUCUCUCGACUGAACCACGAAAACGUUGUCAGAUACUACAACGCGUGGAUUGAGACGAGCACUGCUAGUGACGUCGAGGAAAGUAACGUGGUCAAAACUCCCAUCAAGAAGGAGGACAGCUUGCUGGAGGUCGUUGCCAAGCUGGGGCAGGACGUAAAGGUGAACUGGUCGAUGUCCGACGGUCCGGUGCAGGUGCGCGACGAGUCCUCCGACAGCGACGACAGCUCCGACGACGAGCCAGACCUCUUCUUUAACAUUAUGAGGCCCGAAGACGAAAGCAGUACCGGCAUAGAGUUUGAACAGGACUCCGACAACAAGUCCAUGACUAUUACCACGGAAGACACGAUAUCUCCCUCACCAGCGUUGAAACAGGUGCUGUACAUACAGAUGGAGUUUUGUGAGAAGAAUACUCUGCGGCAGGCGAUAGAUAACGGGCUGUAUCAGGAGCAUUUCCGAGCUUGGAGACUGUUUAGGGAGAUAUUGGAAGGUCUAUCCCACGUCCACCAGAAGGGUAUGAUACACAGAGACCUGAAGCCGGUCAACAUUUUCCUGGACUCCAACGACCACGUCAAGAUUGGGGACUUUGGCCUCGCUACUAAAUGCUUCACUGGCCUGCCCGUACAAAAUUCGAACCCAUCUCAAGACGAAGUGGACGGUCUUCUCACGGGUAAGGUCGGCACAACACUAUACGUGGCACCGGAACUACAACAAUCCACGACAAAAGUGAUGUACAACCAGAAAGUCGACAUCUACUCACUCGGCAUCAUACUGUUCGAGAUGUUCCAUCAGCCGUUCGAUACGGGCACGGAAAGAUGCACGGUGCUCAUGAAUUUGCGAAAGAAAAAGAUCAUAAUGCCCGAAGACUUCGUCAAAGAUGAGAAUUCGAAACAGAUACAUGUGCUAAGAUGGCUCCUAGACCACGACCCAUCCGCUCGGCCAACAAGUGCAGAACUUCUGAGCAGUUCGCACGUACCUAGAGCGGUACCCGAGGGGGCGUUGGCUGGUCUACUCCAGCAUACACUGAGUCAACGGGGUUCGAGGCCAUAUCAGAGGCUAGUGGCUGCAUGCUUAGACCAAAAACCGUCUGCGGCUGAGGACUUUUUGUAUCACAGCGCAGCAAGAUCGAAGCCUAUGGAUGCUAUUGGUGCUAUCAAAGAUGCUGUUAUUGAGGUGUUCAAAAGUCACGGUGCCAAGGAGUUUUCUCCGCCGCUACUAAUGCCCCGCGCGGAACGCUGGGACCAGUACCCGAAUGCGGUGCGACUCAUGACGUUUUCGGGCUACGUCUGUCAUCUGCCGCACGACUUGAGAUUGCCUUUCGCAAGGUAUAUAGCGUAUACAGCGACAAAAUACAUGCGUCGCUACGUAGUGGAGCGCGUGUACCGCGAGACAGAGCGGUCGGCGAGCGGCUUCCACCCGCGAGAGAUCAUCGAGUGCGCCUUCGAUAUCGUCGCGCCGAGAACUGAUUCCUUCUGGUCGGACGCAGAGUUACUAGUAGUAGCGAGUCGAGUGGCUAUGGCGAAUUCGCUGAAAGUGACCAUACAAAUGAACCACACGGAUCUCCUCAAGACUUUGUUGAUCGCGUGUGGUGUGCCUCAGGAUAAGCACGCUGGGUUAUAUCCUGUAUUAGUCGACGUGAGCUUGGGACGCAUAACCCAGCUGCAACUGCAAACGCAUUUAGCGACUCUCUGCCUGCCCGACCGCGAUGCCGCUAACCUGUUACGACUAAUGGAAGCGGACGUCGCGCCCGAGGCGGCGCGUGCGUUACUACACCCGCUGCGUACGCGCCGCGCCGCCGCACAGGAGCGGGCUUUGAGACAGCUGCAAAAUGUCGCGACUGCGGCUAGAGCGCUAGGGUGUACGUGUCCAAUAACGAUAGCGCCGCUGCUGGCGUACAACGCGACGCAGCACAGCGGCGUGUUCUGGCAGAUGUUGGUGGUGCGGAACGACACGCGGCCCACACCCAAACACAGGUCGAAGGAUCUCAUCGCUGUUGGUGGAAGAUACGAUAAUCUAGUCCAAGAGUUCUGGAGGGUAGCUCGCGCUGAGAACGACAACACCGAGUUGCGGUGUACGUCCGUGGGGUUCUCCCUGUCUCUGGAGCGGAUGGCCGCCAUCAUCAAGAGUAUGGAAGUUGAGGUGCCGAGCGCUGAACAGGAUUCACAGAGCAACGUAUCGUGCGUAGUCGUAAGCGCAGUGACCACGGCGGCGGAGGAACAGUCCCGACUGCCGCGUCUACUGUGGGGCGGUGGCGUGCGCGCGCAGCUGUGGGCGGGGCCGGCGCGCGACGCACGUGACGUCACGCGCGCGUCGCUAGUGCUUGAGCACGAGGGGGCGUACGUGCUGGUGUCGUGUUGGGAAGGCACGAGAGUGCGAGAACACAAAGUGCUGUUUUCAGAAAUAUUAGACUUUGUAAAGCAAAAGCUCAGGUCGGAAACCGUCAGGAGUCCAGAAUAUGGUAACCGUUCUAUAAGCUGGAAUGAAAGUGAUAAAUCGAACAGUCCGACCAUGUCUAUCACAUUCAUCACUGCCAGAGAAAGAAUCACUAAGAACUCGAAGAGGCAUUGUGAAGUUCAGAUAAACAAUCAAAUUGCGUCGCUAAUCUCUCAACUGGGCAUGGGCGUGGCGUGCGGCCGUAUACGCGUGAGUGUGCUAGCGCUGGCGUGCGAGGGUGCGUGCGUGCGGUUGCUGGCGUCGCAUCUCGGUUUGCCGCUUAUAGCUGACCAGCUGGCGUCAGCUUUCAGGCCGGCAAGCGAUGCGUUCCCGAAACUGCAUAAUAUUCUAGACGAGGCGUUACACGAACUGAUGAAUUUAGUGAAACAAAGCAACCAGAACAGAUCUGAAGAAGUCCAGUUAUACGCACUAUACUCCAUACCCGAUUCUGUUUGUAAGAUUAUUGUAUGAUACAUAAUAUUAUAUAGGUAAUCAAUGUUAUUUUAGGCAAUGCUGGCCUAAGUUUCAUUUGAUACCUUCUAUUAAGCUCUCUAAUGGAAUUAUUUACGCAGAAAAUAACA